AUGGAUUUUGAAUCACUAAUAUGUGUGACUAUAGGUCUAAUCCUAUUUCCGAUUCUUCUUCUCUUACUUAGGUUAAUUUGGAUACUUCCCGGAUUGAGACUGCUGCCAUUGGCCACAAAAGAACUUAAACUAACCGAUUUACCUAAUGACAUCGUCGGUUCCAAUAUAAUGAUAUUAUUAGGAUCAGGUGGACAUACUGGAGAAAUGAUGAGAAUUGUUUCUAAACUUAACUUAUCGAAAUUAUCCAGAACUUGGGUUUAUUCUUCUGGAGAUAGCACAUCAAUUUUGAAAGCUAGGCGAUACGAAGAAGAAAACAACAACAAUUUCCCGACUAAAUAUUUAUGUAUUCCUAGAGCAAGAAAAGUUGGCGAACCAAUCUUACUGUCAAUUAUUAGCACAUUAAAUUCAUUUAUAGUGUCAGGAUUAAGUUUAUUGACACUUAGACAGAAACCAUCCGUGUUACUUUUGAAUGGUCCAGGAACAAGUGUUCCAAUUGCCUACAUUUUAUUUGCGUUGAAAUUCUUAGGAUUAUGUAAUACCAAGAUAAUCUACAUUGAGAGUUUGGCCAGGGUGAACAAGUUGAGUCUCAGUGGGUUAUUAUUGUUACCUAUAUGUGAUCGAUUCAUUGUUCAAUGGCAGCCCUUGUUUUAUAAAUACAAGCGGGCAGAAUGUUAUGGGAUUUUGAUUUAGAGGGGGGUUCUUCAUUUUUUUGCGGAGGGGAGGGGUGGUUUAAGGUGGGGAAGGGAAGGGUGAUUUUUAGUGC